UGAGACACAUGUGCUCUGCGCUGCAGACCGGCGUGAAAGCUGUUGAAGUGAAAAGAGGGAGGAGAGGAGCAGGAAGGCAGGAUAACUGUGAGCAAAGUGGUAACUGUUUUUGGAGAUACUUCAGGAGUUCACAAUGGGCUCUAGAACCGCGUCCAAGUUUGUGUUUUUUUUUAGUCUGCUGCUCCCGUUUAUCCACUCGAACCGGAUUAAUCCAGAAACACCGGAGCGCCAGAAGUCCGCCAUCCCGGGACUCGGGGUGAAGGAGCACUCACACAUUGUUGCCCAGCACAAUAGACUGCGUAGCCGAGUCAAACCCAUGGCAGCUAACAUGCAAAAAAUGGAAUGGAAUGAGAAGUUGGCACUACUUGCGAAAGAGAGGGGAGCAUUGUGUCAUACAGACUCGCCUCCUCAACACUCCUCAUCUAUCAGACACGUUGGCUGGAAUGCACAUCUCUCUGCUUAUGGUGUUGCAUCAUUUUCUGAUGCCAUUCACUCUUGGUUUGAGGAGGGGAAAGAUUUUCUCUACUUGAGUGGGCAAUGUAGUGAGAACGCCACCUGUCAACACUAUACACAGUUGGUGUGGGCCUCUUCAGGUCAUGUUGGCUGUGCCAGCCAGCUGUGUCUGAGAGAAGGAGACCUCUGGGAGAUGUUUGUCUGUGCAUAUUACCCUGGGGGUAACUGGGAGGUGAAUGGUCAGCUGGUGAUGCCUUAUAAGACGGGUCCAUACUGCUCUCUCUGCACCUCUUCCAUGUCUGGUUGCUUUAGACUGUGGGGACAUGUAGGUGGAUUAUGUGAGAUUCCAAAGAAUCCGUGUCGAAUGAGCUGUGGUCAGCACGGCCAUCUUAACAUCUCAUCCUGCAAGUGCACGUGUGACCGGGGCUUUACCGGACGUUUCUGCCAGGUACGGUGCAGUGUGCAGUGUGUUCACGGUCGUUUCAAAGAAGAAGAAUGCUCUUGCUUGUGUGAUGUUGGCUAUGGUGGUGCUGAGUGUGCAGAGAAAGUGCAGUUUCCCUUCCACAGCUGUGAUGUGAUGAUAGAUGGUGACUGCUUCAUGGUGUCAUCAGAAGCUGACACCUACUAUGGAGCCAAGAGUCACUGUCAGGAACGAGCGGGUAUUCUAGCUCAGAUCCACAAUCAGAAGGUUCAGGACAUCCUUGCGUUUUAUCUCAGUCAGCUGGAGACGAGCAACGAGGUCACCAACUCUGACUUUGAGACCCGAAAUUUCUGGAUUGGUUUGACAUAUAAGCCUCUGAAAGACUCAUUUCGCUGGGACACAGGAGAGAUCCUUAGAUUCAGCAGCUUUGCCUUUGGGCAACCUGACAACCAAGGCUUUGGAAACUGUGUCGAGCUGCAGGCGUCGAGUGCCUUUAACUGGAAUGACCAGCGAUGUAAAACGCAGAACCGAUACAUUUGUUUGCAUGCUGCAGAGCACAUAGCCCAGUGGGAGGAUGGCAGGUGACCUGGAUUUUUCAAAGGGGUGAAACUAUGUUUUAUAUGUUGGUUGGGACAAUGGCCACCAAUGUUUUUUUCAAUUAUUGUAAACAGAUCCAUGUAGUUUAGAUGUACUGUAUAUACUGUAGAUGUUUGAAUGCGUAA